GAGGUAGUCAAAUUGCAAAGGAUGCUGCUAUCUUCGUGAGGAUGGUGCUUAUUUUCGCUAUCUAGGUCCAAGUCGAGGGUGUGGUCCUGUUGGACAGUACUACAGAACCCUUGAUGUUUGUGCAACUGCACCCACUUGGAUGACCUUUCGUUCUUGUUUCCUGCAGAUUGAUCGUGUCGUGGUGCCGCUCCGUGUUGAAAAUUGACGAUUACAAGAACAGAAAAAAGUAGCAGAAUGGACUACUCCAAGAGAACAGAUGAAUUACAGCAGUUGUGUGUACUAUGGAUCAACUAGUACUACACAUGUAUCAGCUAGAAGCCUUCUGUUUAAUUUUUCGUUUUAGACGUGACGCCUCCUAAAGGGAACAACAAACCACACGACAAUUCUAUCGGAUACUAGUAGAAAUAGAAAAUGCCUACCGACGCCUACGUUUACGAGCUUCUUCCGACUUACUAUGACCGUCAUUUUCCGUUUGACGAUCUGGUAACAUGGAUGGGCGGUGCGGAAAAGAACCGAAAACGGGAAAUCACAUUUCAACUCCCACCGGAGAUUUACAUCCGGUAUUUUUGCUAAAGCAAUACGAUAGAAUUAGAAGCAUAGUUGUCUCGUUUGCGACAGUAAAUUACGCUACUGUGUGGUCUGCAAGAAGAAGAAGAAGGAGAACUACAUGACCAUGGAGUCCUCUGAUUGUAAAUAUAGGUAUUUUUUUGAUCAUGGAGACCUUCUAAAAACCCAAAAAAGCAGCCUGUUUAAUAUCAUGCAUCCGAUGCAAGAAAUCAAGAAAAUUAAACACGGAUGGAAAUAAAACAAACUGGUGACUACAGGUUCAACUCCUACAGUGAUGCCACUGCUUGGAAAACCGCUGUCAUGAAAAACAAGCCAGACCGAAUGGAAAUCGGGCCGGUCUAUUCCCACGAACCGCGGACAAUAUGACAGUGCACAACUCCCCCUCCCCCUCAUUUCUUUAGCAUGCUCGGCAUUACAAGCAUCAGCAAAAAUGCCGGUUUUGCGUGACAAAUUUGUGCUGGAGUGUAGUGCAAUUUGGGAUGCCAGAACUUGUUGUCAUGCAAGCAGUGCCAUAAGGCCGUGACUGGAGUCGGGGUUUUGCAUGACAAAUGAGGGGGAGGGGGGGUCGUGCACUCUCAUAAACAAAGGACGGAAUACACAAAGACAUGUUCUACCCGUAUUCUAGGGAAAAACGUCCCCACGUCGACCCCAUAGUUCGUUGAAGUCUGCGACACAAGUCCAGAAGUUUUGGAAGUCAGCACCCGCGCAUGACAAGUUUUUCGCUGUAUGGUGGUGCAGGUUAGCAAGGACAGCCGUAUUUAUUUCACAAGACCGUUUUCUUGUCCUGUUUUUCGAUGCGUAUUACAAAUGUUCCUGUGGUGGCAAAACCGCAUGACAAGACUCUGGGGUCAUCUUGGAGACGUUUUUAUUCGGGAUAACCCGACAGAAAGGGAGCUCAUCUUUGAUAUCGACAUGGAUGACUACGACGAGGUGAAGAUGCUUUUUAGAACAAGUUGAACUCCCUUGUCAUGCUAGCGUUUCGAUCGCUUUUGCGACGUUCUGGUGCACGACAAAGUUGUACAACAGUGGUUUAUUGUCCUGUAAUCAAUUGCUUAUAUAUACAAACUCAAACAUUCUCCACCAGGUCCGAACCUGCUGCACGGGGGCGAAACUUUGCCACAAGUGUUGGACGUUCCUGAAGGCUGCGAUGAUCUUGCUCCGCAACAUUCUGAUCGAGGAUUUUGGGUUUGAGCAUUUCAUGUUCGUGUACUCCGGACGGCGUGGUGUACAUUGCUGGGUGUCGGACGAUAUCUUCUGCAAAAGUAUCGCACUCGUAUAAAUGCAUUACAAGUUUCCUCAGCAUGAAGCAUAAAGUUUGUAAUGCUGAUUUACCUGAAGAAAAAGAUCUGUAAAUGCAUGACUGCAAUGCGAGUGCGUUAGUUUUGCAAUGCAUAGACGAAAGUGCCAUGAAGCUGACGAACGACCAGCGAUCCGCCAUAAUUGAAUACAUCAACCUCUUCAACGUAUCAAAUGUAAAUAUGUCUGGGUCUGGAAAGUUGUGAUGCUAAUGUCCACAUUUGAAUGAUACGCAACCUGUACCUGUAUUAGGGGGGCGCGCAUGACACGUUUCUGAGCGGCGGCUAUGCCUAGCGUGAACCGCAUGACAAAUGGCCUUUUUUCGUGACAAGCAACUGGCACUGUAGCGCGCCGAGCAUGACAGACUUUUCUGUCUUGUCGGCCAAGCAUCACAGACUUGCUUUCUUCCAGACCCAGACAUUUUUGCACUGGAUACAAUGUGCAGUCCAACCAAAUCCAGAAUAUCCGGUUGGAGAAACACGGCGCCACUACUAUUGCGAGGAAAAAUCCCCCGUCCCCACAUCGAAAAGGACAUUUGUGAUGCUGGGUUUGCGUACACAAAUCGAGUUCUAUUGCUAGAAGGCCAAGAAACGCAGUUUUGGCCUGAACUGCAGGAAGUUUGUCAUGCUGUUUCCCACUACUUCCAGUUGCUUCCUGUCAUGCUGAAGAUGCAAGGCUUUCCCAUGCCAGCGGGCGCUACAGUCCGAAGCGAGCUGGUGCCUUCGUUCUAGCAUGACAACGCGAGGAUAUGUGGUCACAAAUCAUGCUACACAAAUCUCCACUUUAGUAUGGGGAGGGGCGAUUUUUCAUUUUGAUCACUACGCUGCAUCCGCACGUCACCCGGUCGGUGAAACUGCUGGAGCCCUUUUUGUAUGCAUUGCAAAAGUAUCGUACACGUACUAGUGGAAAUCGCAUUACAAAUUUGCUUAGCAUAAGAAAUGGAAUUUCUCAUGCAGUUUUAUCUUGAGAAUAAGAUUUGUCGUGCAUACCUGCAAUUAGUACGAGUGCGAUACUUUUGCAAUGCAUACAAUGCUGGACAAAAUUCUCCCAGAGCAGGAGCCCCUGAACCCACCAUUGGCAAAUAACAAACACCUGAUGUGCAUCGAGCAGGUCCUCUCCGCAACGAAUAAAGACCAGUUAGCGAGUCAGUUCAAGGACUUCUGCAGCAAAGUAGAACAAAGGAAAAAGGAAAGCAGCAAGUCUGUCGAUGUGUACCGUUUUGUCGAGAAGGUCUCGAAAGACGAGCUAUCGAUUGCGAAAAUGUCUGGGUCUGGAAGAAUACAAACUUGUGAUGCGCAUUUCAGAACAUAGAGAAAUCUCCCAUGCAUAGGCAGCAAAAGCUGCCCACUUUCUGUCACCAAAAUGGGAGAUUUGUGAUGCGGAUUCGGUAUUGCGGAAGCUUCUGGAAACCUGUGAUGCUAGAGCUUUCAUGCCAGCCCUUCUGUGUCAUGCAAAAUCAGCAUAAUUCUUCCAGACCCAGACACUUUUGCAGUUAAUACGAGCAGCAAGCCGCAAGCGAAAACAGGUCCGGGUACGGGAAGUCAAACCAAGGCAACUCCGAGGCGCUGCAGCUAUCAACCGCAAAUAUGUCGGGGUCUGGAAACUUGUGAUGCUGGGUUGUGACUAGUAAAUUUUCUGUGAUGCACAGCCAAGCAUGAGAAACAUUUUCGUGGCUUAGUGUUACGCUUUCCGCACGACAAACUGCGUUUUUGCAUGACAAGCCGAGGGCUCUCUUCUUGGACGCGCAUCACAAACUCUGUAGUCAUGCCAGACAAGCAUGACAAACCUGCCAUCCUUCCUGACCCAGACAUUUUUGCAAUGCAUAGCAGCACUUGCAGUACGAAACGCUUCUGCGACUCCUCUUCCCGCGGCUGGACGUGAACGUGACGAAGCAGAUGAACCACUUGGCGAAGUGCCCCUUCUGCAUCCACCCGAAGACGGGCCGAUAUGCUUUGCAAAUAUGUAGCCUGGGUCUAGAAGAUUGCCAUGUUUGUCAUGCUUGUCUCACACGAGUCUUAAAUGAAUCUGUAAUGCAUGAGCAGGUUAAAGGCUCUCUCCUGUCAUGCAAAUAUGCAGUUUGUCAUGCGGAAAGCGAAAGACACAGGAGCUCCAAAACUUGUCAUGUGUGGCUGCAUGUUGCAAUGCGCGCACCAUUCACCAACUAGCAUCACAGGUUUCCAGACCCAGACAUGUUUGCAAUGCAUAGCCGAGUUUGCGUGCCAAUCAUCGAUAUCGAGAAUUUCGACUUCGAAACCGUGCCAACGCUCGGGAACCUGAUUGACGAAAUAGAAGCGAACAUUCCGAUUGAGAAAAGUUGUUUGCAGAAAUACCUGGCGUGGUUUUCGAAAUACUGCGGAAAGUUGAAAAAGCAGGCGGACGAAAGUACCGUCGCGGCCAAGAUGACAACUAAGAACAAGAACACUGCUAUGCAACGCAAAGGUAUCGUACUCGUGGUAUUUUUGCAUGUAAACACUAGCUCAGCAUGACCACUGUUAUAUUGAAAUUGUAAUGCUGAUUUAGCUUGGAAAAGGUAUUUUGAUGCAUGAUUGCGAUUGCUCCGAGACCGAGUUCGAUGCUUUUGCGCAGGAUAACCGCAGCAGGGAAUAGCAGAGCAGUGAAGAUGGAAGUGGAUUAGUAGGCCGA